AUGGCGCCCGCCAGCACUACUGAUUAUAGCGCAAACGGAAACGGAAACGGCGUCAGCGCCGCUCCGGCUGCGACGCCGUUGAAGGUGGUCAUCGUUGGGGCGGGUAUCGGCGGCCUUACCGCGGCACUCGCCCUCAGACAGCAAGGACACGACGUCACGCUGCUCGAGUCGUCCAAGUUCAGCAACGAAAUCGGCGCGGCCAUCAAUGUGCCCCCUUACUGCGGCGCAGUCCUGAAGCGGCUGGGGCUCGACCUCGACAAGGAGAAGAGCGUCGGCGCCAUCGAGUGCACCGGGUGCAACAUCUGGGGCGCGUCCGGCCAGAAGUUCCACUUCCUCGACUACCAUGCUGAGCGCGGACGAUGGCAACAGCUGCGACGGCUUGUACAUCGGGCCCACCUGCAUACCGCCCUUCGCGAGAAAGCGCUCGCCCCUGAGGGUCCCGGGAAGCCAUGCACGCUCCGGACUUCGUCGAAAGUGGUGUCUGUCGACCCGGAACAAGGCGAAGCGGUGCUGGAGAGCGGCGAGAAGGUGUCCGGGGAUCUAAUCAUAGGAGCGGAUGGAGUGCACUCGCAAUGCCGCAAGGCCCUCGUCAGGGGCCAGGGCUAUGUCCCUUUCGACAGUGGCAUCAGCGCCUUUCGCUUUCUCAUCCCUAUGCAGGAGCUCCGCGACGACCCGCUGACCAAAGACGUGAUCGGCGAGCCUGGAAAUCUGCUGGUGGUAAUGGGGACGGGGUGCAAACGGCUCGUGUGCUAUCCGUGCUACAACAACACUAUCAUGAACUGUAUCUACUUGCAUCCGAGCACGGAGUCGCGAGCUUACGCUGAAGGCCCGGGUCUGAAGGAGGAAAUGACUGUCAAGCAACAAAUGCUGCAGAUCGCGAGUGAACUAGCUCCUCCCUUCAGAGCCAUCCUGGAAAAGGCGCCAGACGAUAUGCCGAAAGCCUGGGUUUUGCUGGACAUGCCUACUUUGCCGACCUGGGUCAAUGGCAAAAUGGCGCUCCUGGGCGAUGCGGCUCACCCGUUUCUACCUCAUCGAGGUGAGGGCGCGGCACAAGCCAUCGACGAUGCAGUGUCCCUCGGAAUCUUUUUGCCGCUGGGGACCUCGGUUGAAGACAUUCCCGAGAGGCUCGCUCUCUACGAGCGCUCUCGAAAGGAGCGAGCUGAGCGCAUCCAGGAAGCCUCUCGCCUGAACAGUCUGCCUGUGGCCGAGCAGAGAAAGAAAGGCUUCAACCCCCGUGAGUUCGACGAUUACAGCUUCAGCCACGAUCAAUGGCACAAAUCAACCAGAGCCCUGCGCGAAGCCCAGUGGGCAAAGCUGCCCUACCGAUGGCGCCAACCCCUCGGAUUCGGACCGGCUCCGGGCCCCUGCCAGCCACGGCACCAGCUGCACGGCAGGAAAGAGGGCUCUCGGGUCUCCCAGCCAUACCGGGUUGUCCAUUCCAUCCGGUUCGCCACAUCCAAGACGUUCCUGCAGAACCUGUUCCCGACUCCUUCCUUCUCGUUCGCUGCGCCCGACACGGUCGUGCAGGCAUCUUGGGUCUGCUCCUCGUUCCGUGACCUGCCUUGGCUGGGCGGGGCCGGGUACGACCGCGUUGCCCUGCACCUCCACGGCGUCCAGUACACCCGGGCCAACGGCGAGUCGGUCCUGGGGGCGUUUGUUCCCGUCCAGUUUGAGAAUCUGGCCGAUGCGGUCGUCACGGGGCGCGACGAGCGCGGAGCUCCCACCUACGGAUGCGAUAUCGAGAGAUCCGACACGCCCGAUUCCAAGACCAUCACGCUGAGCUGGCGUGGAGCUGUGUUCGGCCAACUCCGAUGGGCCGGCUUGUCUGAGCGAGCGACAGCGGUGCCAGCGCCCAAGAUCGAUCGUGAACAGGGCCUCCUCAUGUAUCGGUACGUUCCGGCUAUCGGGAAGCCAGGAAAGGCGGACGUCGAGUAUGCGGUGUUUGAUCCGUACGAUGCCUCCCUUGGACCCGGAAAGGAGGCCGACAGCGGACAUGCCAACGGAACCCUCAAACCAUCUGGUGCCACGGACCCAGACUCCCUCUAUGCCUCUCAGGCUUCGUUCCAGUUCACCGCUGGCGAGUGGCAGUCGCUGCCUACGAUGCACCUUGUUGCGAAGACUCUCCAGGAUAUCCCGAUCUACGACAUUCUGGAGGCAAAGGUGGAGACAGUUGAGGGCGGUGACGAUUUCACGCACGCUCAACGGAUCGACUAA